CUUGAUGAGGGGGAGAUUCGCGAAAGCGCACUGGUAGGUUGUUUCCUUUCAGGGGUAUUUCACGUGAUUACCCCUCUGCAUUUGAAUAGCCGACGUCAUCGACGACGUCUUGCCCAGCUCGGCGUUACAACUAUCAGAUAUAGAUAUAAAAAAGUAUGAUUUAUCCUCCAAGCUUCCUAUCGACGACUCCAUUGUGAUAAUUUGCGAGCAGAAACUCCCCAUUACAGUUUCCAAAUCCAUCUAUCUAGCCAGUCUAGCUAAAAUGCAAUUAAUCACAUCCCUCGCACUUCUUCUAAUAACCAUCUUCGAGCUCAGUUCCACCCUCGUCAUAUCCCCAGAAUCAUACAAUUAUGAUCCUUAUGAAUGUAACGGUCUUCAGGCCGAUAAAUUCAAAUCCUUCAAAGGCAUUCGGAAGAUGUACGUACAUCCCACAAAUCAUCAUAUAAAUCUCACAGGUACACCUAACUAACACUUCCCCCAGUCUCAAAAAAUCAUCCAUCAUCCCCGAUGUCCUCGAUCCCUUUAUUCCAUCCUGUUAUCUUAUUCCCUCCUAUUUCCCUUCGUCUUCCUCCUCUUCCUCCUCGUCCCCAAAACCCAAAACGGUAAAAUUAGGGAAUACCCUACUCCCCUCACAAACACAAUCCCCGCCCUCUCUGCAAAUUUUCUGUCCUGGUAAAAUGGUGGUUGAAGGUGGUUUGACGGUUAUUCUUACGGAUCCGGAUGCGCCGUCGAGAGGUGAUGAUAGUUUGUCGGAAAUGUGUCAUUGGAUUGCGAGGGUGCCCGAAGUAGUUAUUGAGUUGCAGGGUGUGAGGGUGUGGGUUAAUGCGUCAGAUUUGGUGGGGGUUGUUGAUUGUGGGUUUUUAGUCUUCUUUUUAUUUUUGUUUUUUUGUCCUGCUUUUGUUUGGUGGGAGGAGUUGGAAAGAAAUGCUAUGAUGGAUGAUUUGAUGAGAUUCCAAUAUUUACAUGCUGACGAUAUAUUCAGAUAAAGCACCAGCGCCACCUAAAGGAACGGGUAAACAUCGCUAUGUAUUUGUACUUUUGGAGGGGGAAAAUGCGCAUUUAAAAGGUCCGGAGGAGAGGAAACAUUGGGGGUUUGAGGAGCCGGGAAGUGGUGUGAGGGAGUGGGCGGAGAAGGCAAAUCUUACGGUUUUGGGGGCGAAUUUUCUUUAUGAGAAGUAUCAUGGUGAGGAAAUGAAGGAGGGUAAGUUUGAAAUUUAGUUUGGGUUUUGAGAGUUGCUUUGGGUUCUGGCUGUGGGGGAAUAUGCAUUUGUAGAGUUUCAAUGUUAGGUUGUGGGAAAUGAAGACGAUUAUUGGAAUCUCCAAAUCAUGGAUAUGCAGGAUGAGAGUCGAAAGUUGGUUCU